AUGUGCGCCCUGGUGUUUCAAAUUCGGUGCGAUAUCUCCAAUCUCCGGGGCGUAUUCGACAAGAUCAAGGAGCAGAGUCGAUCCGUCUAUACUCCAGAUGAAGACUCACAGCAUUUUUCUCGUUUCAAAGAUGAGCUCGAAGAGGUGAAUCUACAUGAAGACGUGUCAAUUGAGUACUUGACUGAAUUCUUCAACAACACCAAGCCAGCUUUGUUGCAAUCUAUGGUUGACAAGAUCAACUCGAUGCAGCAGUCGUGGACUGCCUCCAAAGAUCAGCCACCUUUCAAGGGUACGUCGUGA